AUGGCAAGCAAUUCAACUCAAAGAAUUAUUGGUGUAUGUGGGUUAAAUGCAUCGGGAAAGAGCACAGUUUGCAACUAUUAUAGCAAUAAAGGAUUUUCUGUUAUCUCAUUAUCCGAUAUAAUCAGACAAACACUAAAAGAAAGAAAUAUACCAGAAACUAGAGACAACCUUAUUAAUCUUGGUAAUGAAUUAAGAAAUAAUAGUGGAGCGGGUGUAUUGGCUAAUUUAACAAUUGAAAAAUUAGAUAAAAACUCAAAUUAUGUAAUUGACUCUAUUAGGCAUCCAGAUGAAGUUAAUAGUUUUAGAAAUAAAUUCAAUAGUGAUAAAAAAAGAUUCCAUUUGAUUGGGGUUGAAAGUUCACCAGAGACCAGAUUCCAAAGAAUUCAAAAUAGAAAUAGAAUUGGUGAUAAUCAAACAUUGGAACAAUUUAUGUUGAUAGAAAAAAAAGAAAUGAAUAACCCUGAUCCAAAAGGUCAACAAGUUGGAAAGGUUUUGGAAAUGUGUGACUUUAGAUUAAAUAAUGACUCUGACCAAACUUUAGAAAAUUUAAUAAAAGAAAUUGAUAUUUUGGAAUCAAAAAUAAAUAAAUAA